UCGUAGUGGAGAAAAUAUGAUUGUCAACUGCUACAAAGGAUGCUAUUUCUACCGGGGAGGAUUUCCCAUACCGUUUGACGAGCACAUGAAACGGGUUGAGGACAUGAAGCUGCGAUCUGAUGAUGUCCUGCUUUGCACUUAUCCUAAAUCAGGAACACACUGGCUGUGGGAGGUGAUAAGCAUGAUACUACAUGAAGAUCUCGAAUACAGAGAGAACGUGCGUGGGAUGGACAUGCUGGACUUCGCACCAAUGAGUCUUCUGGACUCCAUCAAAUCUCCCAGGGUGCUCGGCUGUCAUUUCCGUUUCCAGUUUCUCCCCAAAGAGGUUUUAACGAAGAAGUCUAAAGUUGUAUACGUUCUCCGUGACCCCAAAGCUGUUGCAGUUUCCUUCUACAAUAUGGAAUUUGGUAUGAAAACAGUAAGGAGCUAUGAUGGACAUGUUCCUGUCAAAGAGUAUAAUGGCAAGUGGGAGGACUAUCUGGAAUUGUUCCUCAAUGGCGACGUGGAGUAUGGAUCUUGGUUCGACCACACUCUUGGGUGGCAACAAGCAAUAGAAGAUAUUCCCGAUCUGGAAAUAUUCCUGUUGAAAUAUGAAGACAUGAAACAUGAUCCUGUUUCAUCGAUACAAAAACUAAGCAAAUAUUUAGAUAAACCAUGUAAUGUGGAGAGAGCGCAGGCGAUUGCGGACGCCUGCAGCUUUUCCAACAUCAAGAAAGUCAGUUCAGGAACCAAGGCUGAUGGCGUUGGAUGGAAGGAAGGGGGGGAUAUGUUCAGGAAAGGGCAAACCAACAACUGGAAGGAGUGGUUCACGGUGGCUCAAAACGAGAGGUUUGAAGACGUCCUAAAGACAAAAAUGAACAGAAGCGAUGUUUCUAAAUAAGAAACAUACACAAGGAUAUGGCACUAUCGUGGAGUGUUAACAGCGCCACAUGUAUGUCCAUGUACAUGUACAGUGCCACCAGAAAUUAUUGAGAAUUUAAAGAUUGUAAUUGUUUUUGUUUUCUUCACUCAUUACUC